GUUUAUUGAAAGGAAAUCAGGUCACAUGACCACCUUGCAGUCAAUGUGGACGUCGUGUGGUCCAAGUGUUCAACCGAAAAAAGUUAAAAAUCAUCAGAAAUUUUGGGUUUAGGUCAGUUUAAUCAUUAGAAGGACAUGAAGCUGAGAUAGUGAUAGGCCUGAAAUAAUUUUGUCAACACCAUGAAGACUGCAUCGACAAAGUAUAGUGGCCAUGGCGAGUCCUCAUCACAAAAAACACAUCGGCGACGUGACAGCCAUGAAAAGUCCAACUAUGAAGAGGUCGCCAUUAUUGGUAAUGGUGCUUAUGGAACUGUUUAUAAAGGUCGAGACCUUAAAAAUGAGGGACAACUUGUGGCCAUUAAAAAAAUUCGAAUACCUAACACAGAAGAAGGAAUGCCUAUGAGUGCUAUUCGUGAAAUAUCUCUUUUAAAACAGCUGGAAAAAUUUGAGCAUCCAAACAUUGUCAGGUUAUUAGAUGUACGUCAUAGUCAGUUAAAUGAAACUGAAAUACGACUGAUGUUGGUGUUUGAAUACAUAGAUCAAGAUCUAGCCACAUAUUUAGAAAGAUGUCCAUCUCCUGGACUUGGACCAGAUCGAAUAAGGGAUUUGAUGUUACAGUUAUUAAAUGGUGUAGAUUUUCUGCAUGCACACAGAAUUGUUCAUCGAGAUUUAAAACCUCAAAACAUCCUCAUCACCAGUCAUGGUCAUUUAAAGUUAGCUGAUUUUGGAUUAGCCAGAAUUUAUAGUUUUCAUAUGGCUCUUACUUCAGUUGUUGUAACUUUAUGGUACAGAGCACCAGAAGUUUUAUUACAGGGUCAAUACGCUACACCUGUAGAUUUGUGGAGUUGUGGCUGUAUUUUAGCUGAACUUUAUAAUAGAAGGCCUUUAUUAUGUGGACAAUCAGAUGUGGAACAAUUAAAGAAGAUAUUUGAAUUAAUAGGUCUCCCAUCUGAUUCUGAUUGGCCUGAUAGUGUUUCGUUACCACGGGAAUCUUUUAAAAAUAAACCACCUCAACCACUAGGGAAAUACGUUCCUGAAAUAGAUCCCAUUGGUCGGGAUUUACUAGAGAAAUUAUUGUGUUUUAAUCAACAUCGAAGGAUCAGUGCGAGAGAGGCAUUAAGCCAUAGAUAUUUCCGUGAUGAUUUGGACAGUUUCAGAACCUCAAGUUCGUUAUCAACGUCAGAAACAGACUCAUUUGACACUGACGGUAGAUCCGACACUCCUGUCAGUAAGUGAACGUGCGACAUCAUACAUUGGGGAUUAUGUUUUAGAAAUGACAACUGAUGUCAGUGUAAUUGCAUCUAUUGAGUGGCAGAAAUCGUAGUGAAAUGUUAAGUGUCACUUAUGUGAAAGUGGAGCCAUGUUCUGAAUUACAUGUACAGCAAAUGAGAAGGCUAUUUUUUAAUGGUAAUACCAGCUUGUGGAGUUUCGGGGUUGCAUACGGUAUAACACUUGGUAUUAAAUGGCAUAAAGUAAUUAAAAUUGUAUAUAUAUAAAUGUAAAUAGAAACAAUAAUCAUGCCAUUUUAACGUGCUGUCAUAUGUGACGUCUUUUUUAAUUUUACUAAGUGCUUCAAAGAUAAGAUAUUUUAUAUUUUUUAGGAGUUAAACUAUGUCUCACAUUCUGUGCUUUUAUUUUAACAUUUUAUAAUAAGUUUGUUUUUAUACGCCCACAUUUUCAUGUGGACGUAUUAUGCCGUCGCCCCUGUCCGUCCGUCCACAAUUUGUUUGUGGACACUCUACAGGUCACAAUUCUUAUCCGAUUUUGACGAAACUUGAAAUAUAGGUUUAUCUCCAAAAGAUCUCGGUUCCUUUCGAUAUUGGCAUGUAUCGAAUCGAAACUUCAUGGAUUAUGGCCCCUGUUUGUACGAAAAAUCACAUUUUUAGCUUGUGGACACUAUAGAGGUCACAAUUUUUAUCCGAUUUUGUUGAAACUUGAAAUCUAAUUUGAUUAUCCAAAGAUCUCGGUUCCUUUCGAUAUUCGCGCAUAUUGGACCGUAACUUCCUGAAUUAUGGCCCCUGAUGGUACCAAAAAUCGUGUUUUUAGCUUGUGGACCCUAUAGAGGUCAUAAUUUUUAUCCGAUUUAAAAAAACGUUCAAUUAUAUCACCGUUACACCCUAAGGAUGGCUGAGUUCGAAUUUCGUGAAAAUCGGCCCGAAAUUGACAGACAAAAUGGCCGUCGUUCGUUCUCAAAUAGCGUAAAAUUAUGGUAUAUCAAUGUUGUGGACACUAUAGAGGUCACAGUUUUUAUCCGAUUUUGUUGAAACUUGAAAUGUAAGUUGAUAAUCCAAAGAUCUCGGUUCCUUUCGAUAUUCGCGCAUAUCGGACCGUAACUUCCUGAAUUAUGGCCCCUGAUUGUACCAAAAAUCGUGUUUUUAGCUUGUGGACCCUAUAGAGGUCAUAAUUUUUAUCCGAUUUAAAAAAACGUUCAAUUAUAUCACCGUUACACCCUAAGGAUGGCUGAGUUCGAAUUUCGUGAAAAUCGGCC